UGAAAACGAAACACAAACAAACAAAACCCAGAAUUAUGAAUCGAAUUGGAAUCAAGUCAGCCAGACCCAAUUGAUUCACGGUUUCAAAUCGGCGAGCGACGGCGUCGGAACAUGGCGGCGAACGGCUGCGGCUCGGCAAAAUCUCCAGCAGUCUUCUCCUCCGAUCGACAUACAGCAACUCCGACGAACAGACCCGGACUGCGGCUUCUUCUCCGGGCAGAAAUUCACAAGUACCCUAAAUUCUAUAGAUCUGUGGCAAAUACUCGACAAACUUUUCAGGAACAGGACCAAAAGUCUGAUCAAUUGGAAGGACGCAUUUUACCUUAAUGGAGAAAUCUAUGGCUUUGGAAAUGGAAGGUUUAAGUUAUCCUUGGCGGGGAGAUACAUACAGAAUCAUGAACUUUCAAUACACAGUUAUUUCCAUGGGACUCAUUCCUUGGGCAGGAGAUACUUCCACUUGGCUCCCUUUGCAGAAACUUGAUCCCUCAGCGGACGUCCCAACGCCUCUCUACAUUUGACGCCUCUCUACAUUUGAUGACACCUGUCCCAUGUCUUAAGCGGGACUCCAUAGGUCAUGGACUUUCGAAGCCUCUUUUACAACGCCACAGCAAAAAACUCGACAUCCGACUCCGGAAGCAGUUCCAAUCCUACGGCCGUCUCAGCUUCCAAACUCAAAGGCGUGGUGAGCCAAAUCAAUGGGCACUGGGGCGCACAAAUAUACGCCGACCACCAGCGCAUUUGGCUAGGAACCUUCAAAUCCGAAGCUGAAGCCGCAAUGGCGUAUGACAGCGCCGCCAUCCGGCUCCGCAGUGGACAAAACCACCGCAACUUCCCGUGGACGGCCACCACUCUGAAGGAGCCGAGCUUCCAGAGCCACUUCAGCACCCAAGCUCUCCUCGGCAUGAUCAGAGAUGGCUCUUACCCUGCGAUGUUUGUCGAUUUUUUGCAGGCUCAAGAUGGGAUUCAACACCCUACCCGGCCGAGCUCCCCGUUGUUAUCCUGGGUCCCGAUCAAGCAGCUCUUCCAAAAGGAGCUGACGCCGAGCGACGUCGGGAAGCUCAACCGGCUCGUCAUCCCGAAAAGAUACGCGGAGAAGUACUUCCCGGUGGUUUCCAGCGCCAGUAGGAAGAGCAGGAGAGGCAGCGAUGAUCUGGAGCUUGUGUUCGUCGACCGUUUCAUGAGGUCGUGGAAGUUCCGGUACUGCUACUGGAAGAGCAGCCAGAGCUUCGUCUUCACCCGCGGAUGGAACGGGUUUGCAAAGGAAAAGGGAUUGAAGGCACGGGAUUAUGUCAUAUUUUCUUCCUACAGGUGCGGCGAUAAGAAUGUUUGCAUGAUUGACGUGGCCUACAAGAACGGGAGCUGUGCGGCAAUCGGCGCGAGUAGCGACGGGAAUUGUAAUGACCAAAGAAUGGACAAUGGUAGCGUGGGCAUGAAGGCCCCGGAUUUCAAACUAUUCGGAAAUUAUCCUCUUGCUGGUGUCGGGGCAGCUUCAGAGAGUGUCUCGAGCAUUAAACUAUUUGGUGUGACGGCAUCUACGACUGUUUCGGGCAACAACGGUCUUGAGAUACCUCUGGAGAAUCGCCCGAGUUUCAAACUCUUUGGUACGGACUUAACUACAGAUGCUUAUGGGGGGGCCAUGAAGGUGCCGGCGGAAAAUGGGCCGGGCUUUCGACUCUUUGGGGUGACGGCACCUCCUAUUGUUGCAGACAUGAAUGUACCCGUAGAAAACGGGUCCGGUUUUAAGCUGUUUGGUGUGGAGGCAUGUAUUGGUAGCGUCAAUGGCUGUGGAGGCGUGAUGGAAAAUGGGUCGGGUUUUAAGCUCUUCGGGGCGAAUGUAGCUGCGGAAAAUGGGGCGGGUUUUGGACUCUUUGGCAAUGCUGUUGUGAAGAUGCCGGUUGUCGAGAAUGGUGCGGGUUUUAAACUAUUCGGCGUGGAAAUCUGAGGGAGUGAGGCGAUCGGGAAGUUUAUGUAUUGUCUGUCUGUGACUUGGGCUGCUUUCGUUUUGGUACUCUCUCUGCCUUCUCAUUUCUUGUUUUGUUUGUGUUGAUUUGGAUUUCGUCCAGAGUUUGCUUGGGAGCUUGUUUGUUUGUUUGUUUCUGUGUUGGCUUGUUUGGGUUUGCUGUUUAUGGUCGAAUCAUUAAUGGUUAGUUGUUGUUGAAUUGGUGGAAACAUUUGCUUGACUUCUUAGUUACUAGUAUCUAUUCUUACAAAUA